AUGGACCGUGCGGCGGAUACGCACGUGCUUAUCAUAGGCAAUGGUCCAGCGGGAUUGUCUUUGUCAGCCUUUUUGUCCGGCAUAACCCCAUAUUACAAUGCAGAUACUCCACACCCUAACAGUUAUAUUCAUGAGCAACUAUGCAAAAAUGAAGAUUCUCUCUUAGAUCAGGAUCUCUCCUGGUGUGAGAAUGUCGAUGAAUUAGGUGGAUCUGGAAGACCACUAUCAGUUUUAUUGGAUAGCUUGAUCCGGCCAGAAGCUGAUCUUGGUAAUGAUUUGGGCUCUUCCCUUUUCUGGGAGCGAGAUCGUGCCAAGGAGGUACCCCACAUAGUAUUAGGCGAGACUGAAAUCGGUGGUAGUUGGAACAAUUAUGAUCCUCAGAUGCUAGCAGUUUCUUUUGCCUCAUGGCUUGACUUACCUGGUUAUUCGGUGGCCGAUUGUUUGCAAAGCAAUUCCGCAAUUUCGAGGUGUCGACUCCCCUCAAUGGUGAUAGCUUCAUAUAUGGAAUGUUAUGCCAAAGAGCUAGGAUUGACAAUGAAUAUCCAAACCAAAAGGAAGGUCACAUCCAUCACGAAAGAAGGUAAUCUUUGGCGAACCACUGGUCGCACCACUGAUGGAAGACCCUUUUCCAUUACUUCAAACAAAGUUGUUUUGGCUUGUGGGAGAACAGUAUGUAGGACUCUUGAGAUAUCGAAUGAACACGAAAACAAGAAUAUCGUGUAUGAUGUGCCGUCGUUGAAAGCCAGAAUCAAGCACGAUAUUGCUACUCGUCAGGAUUAUACGAGUGGUGUUGGGAACGGACGAGUUGUGAUUAUUGGCGACGGAAUUUCCUCAGCUGAUAUUGUGCGAUUCUGUCUGAAACGAGACAUAGCUGUGCUUCAUGUAAUGAGACGCAAUGAACGUCAGUUGCGACACAUUAUGAUGGCUCGUCUUUCUCCUUCCCAUUACGCUGAAUAUCAUCAAGUGCAUCGUCUUAUGACAGGAAAAGAUCGCCAUCCUUUAUAUGAACGCAAAUGUGCUUCGUCUGUAACAGCCAUCGAUGAAAGUACCGUUACCCUAAGUACACCAGCAGGAAUUCUUGUGGAACCCUUAUGUUUGAUGGCAGUUUGUAUUGGUCGAGUUAGCGAUACAGAUGCAAUUCUCCAAGAAAAACUUACAUUUGAUGGCUAUAACUGUGAACAAGAUGACAGCAUGUUUGCUAUUGGAUCAUUAGCUGGCGAUCAUUUCGUUCGUUAUCUCGUAGGAGGAGCACUUGAAGUUGCAAGAAUGAUCAACUCAGAUUAUAAAUCACACGUCAAUAAUAAUUGCAAUAAAGCCCAACCAAAUACUAAUAACACUUACAUGAAUUGUAAGUUCAGAAACGUCCUGAAACGUUUCUGUGAACGAUGUUAG